CUUCCUGCCUGCCUCCUGAGCCUCCAUGACCUAAGCGAGAAUCAAGUUAUCAGGGACUGGGUGGGGAACAGGCCUUGGACCACCACCUUCUAGGCCACUCUUAGGCUCAGAAGAGGAUACUGCUCAAGCCCUCAGCCCCUGCUACUUCCCUUUCUCCCUUGGGUAGUCGUGGGGCUAUGGGGUUGUAGCCUAGGGCAGGACUACAUUGUUGUCUAGUAGGCAGUGUCCCUUUUUACUCUCUGUAUUUAAUCCCUCCCUGUAUAAACAGCCCUGGUUACCCCAGUAACACCUCACCCCACUCCCAGUGUCUUGAUAAAUUUAACUCUCCCAACUUGGCUAUAGAGCAGGAAGAGGUGUGUGUGUGUGUGUGUGUGUGUGUGUGUGUGUGUGUGAAGCCCUGAGCAGACUUCAAAGACAGUGGGUUCCAGGACCACAAUGAAUUUGGAAAAUCACAUAACAGGAAUGUUAUACCUGUGAAUCACAUUUGUACCUUCUUACAUUUCCCCCAAACACAAGUUUAUCAGGCUUCACAAAUGGGAGGAAGGGAAAAGGACAACACUAUUUUUAAGGUAGGAAAACAGUCUAUGAAGGGACUAUGACUUGCAUGCAGGGCUGGAUGUGAUGGACAGGCUUGAUCCUCUCAGAAGCCAUCACUGAUGGCUAGGUGAUCGUGGGGACACACCCAGGCAGGGGCCCCACUCAGAGAAGGCUGAGUCAGAUUUGUCGAGUCUAGUCUUUCCUGGGUCAGCAUGAGGAUGAAUGCAGGAGGGGCCAGUGCUCUUGCUCCAAGGCCAGCUGGUCCCUGAGUCAUAGCAGGACCUUGAAGCCAGAAGUUUAAGGGCAAGUGGUGCCCAUUGUCAUUGUCCCAGGACAGUGACAGGUGGUGGCUGCUUCCCCACCAGCGCUUGUUCCCAGGGCAAGUCCUGAGGUUGUGGGGCCUAGAGUGAGAGCCUGUGAGUGCCUGGGGGAGCACAGGGCUAUUCCUGCCUCAGAGCUUUAAAGAGGGGACCACAGCUACCCUAAAGAUUCCUAAGAGACCCCACAUCAGUUUCCAUGGCUUGUUCUAGUUGCCAAGGCAGCCUGUAAAAGCUAGAGCUGUCCUCUCCAGCUCCUUCCGAUAGGUUCCCACUAAAGGCAAUGGGUCCAGCCAGGGAUAGCACCUUCCUGAGGCCCCAGUACAAAUUUUGGAGUCGGGGAGCCCUCCAAGCAAUGCUCAUCUAUCAAAGAUUAUGGGGUGACAGGUCAAGGAAGGUGGUGGGUGCACCCUUCUGAGCUCUAGCUGGGAGAGGUGAUGAGAGGUCCCGAGAGGAGGGUGCACAGUGAUGAUGGGAAGAUGCUGGGGGCCAGGGGGAAGAUGAAAUUGCUAGUAAGACCUGAGUUGCCUGGCCUUCAGGUCUGGCCCCUGGCUCACACUCUGAUCCACCUGCCAUAGUGCUUGACCUCAGGCAGGUCCCCACUCAACCUCAGUUUCCUCACCUGUGAUGAGUGGAGUUGGGCCUAGUUCUGGUUCCAAGCUGGAGGCCUGCCUUCCCCUCACCUUUCUGUCAGCCAAAGCCUGAAGCGCCACCCCAGGCACUCCAGCCGGCGCCAGAGGAGAAGGGGGUGGGAGGGUAAGGCCCAGGGCCCAGGUUCCUCUGGCUGCCGACGCCGCUGGCUCGGGAGUGGAUGCGGCCACUUUAAGGCGGGGUGACCCCCACGGCAUCCGCGGGCGGGGCGGGGACAGUGCGGGCGUCCGCAGCAGCAGCGGAGGCGAGUGCGAGGGAGGGAGUGCGCCGCGUCCGGCCCCACCAUGCUGACCGCGCUCGCCCCGCCAGCCCUGCCGGGGCUCCCAGGGCGGCUGCCUGCUGCCCCUGCGCGGCGCCAGGACUCCUCCGGCUCGUCAGGCUCCUACUACACGGCUCCGGGUUCUCCAGAGCCCCCAGACGUUGGGCCGGACGCGGAGGGCCGGGCGAAUUGGCCCGGAGUGGCCCCUGCGCUGGGGGCGGGCGCGCAGCCUCGCCUGUCCGUCAGCGCCCAGAAUAGCCGCCAGCAGCUCGGGCCCGGCUCGGAUUUCCCGCGAGGCCCGCGCUCGGGCCCGCGGCCGCCCCAGCCCCAGCUGCGCAUGCUGCCGUCGGGGGAGAUGGAAGUCAUCUUCGGCGCCGGGCCCCUGUUCAGCCGCUCCGACACAGCGGAUAGCGAGGUGGAACAGCUCACGGCGCGGGCCUUCGGCAGCCUCUCUCUGCCUGGGGCCGCGUCUCCCACCCCCGCCGCACCUCAGCCCCAGGCCCCCGACAGUGGCUCCCGCUGGGCCACCUACCUGGAGCUGCGGCCGAGUCCUGCCACCCCAGCGCAGUUCGAGUGUGUGGAGGUGGCGCUGGAGGAGCGUGCCGCUCCCGCCAGGCCCCGGACGGUGCCCAAGCGUCAGAUCGAGCUGCGCCCCCGGCCCCGGAGUCCCCCGAGGGAGGCCGACGCGCCGCGCCCCCGACUGCUUCUGCGCACCGGCUCCCUGGACGAGUCUCUGGGCCGCCUGCAGGCCGCCGCGGGCCUCGUGCAGACGGUGCUGGCCAGAAAACUGAGCCCCACCACUACCGCUGCCCCGAACAGCGCCACCUUCAGACCCACGGGACGGCCAGAGCCUGCGACCCAAGAAACGGCCCGCAGUACUCGAGUGGCCCCGGAGGAGGCCAAGUCUCGGCCACCUCGCGUGCAUUAUAGUUCAACCUCCGCCAGGACCCCACGGCCGUGGCCCAGCCUCCGCGAGCGUGCAAUUCGGCGCGACAAGCCGGCGCCCGGGACAGAGCCGCUGGGUCCGGUUAGUUCCAGCAUCUUCCUGCAGUCAGGGGAGAAGACCCAGGAGGCGCACAACCAAGAACCUAAGACUCAGUUCCCGCGAGUGACUCUGGAUCGAACCGUCCUGAGGGCAGAGAGCCCGCCUUUAGAGUCUAGGACCCCCUGGGAGGUUCCAAGUAAGGCUGUGAGGCCGAGGAGCCCGUCCCCGCUGUGGCAGGCUCCAAAUGGGACCGUGCAGGGUCCUCACUGUCCGUCUCCCCAGAACCUGUCCCCGUGGAAUCGGGCUAUUCGGAGGGCGAAUAGCCCUUCGUUCCCCAAGGCAUCCUCCGCAUGGGAAAAUCAGGAUCCUGCCGUCAAGGAAACUGUCAGCAGAAGGAGCCCUUCUCCUCCGACCCCUUCCCAGUGGACUCAGGAUGUUGACAGGGCAAGAAGCCCAUCCCCCGAAGCUCCUUCCCAGUGGGAGGUUCCGCAUCCGGCAGUCAAGGCUACCGUAGAGGGGAGUAGGAGCCCAUCCCCGCCGGCUUUGUCCUCAUGGGAGGCUCCAGACCGCCCUAUUGGGACGUGGAGCCCGUCGCCCCAAGAGACCUGGGAUCCCACGGUGCAGGGCUCAUCGGUAGUAUCUACGCGGGAAACUGUGAAUGGCUUAGCCCAGGAGGAACUGGCGCCGCCCACGCCUUCCGCACCCGGGACUCUAGAGCUCACGGAGGCGCAGAGUCCGUCCACGCGGGAGAUGCCGGCUAUUGCCAUCCGCGGCAGUCAGCCAUCACCACAGGUGGCUGCACCCGAGCUGCCUCUCAGUUGUCUCAUGGGGACCAUGGAUGCCAAUGCGCGCCGGGAAGCCUUGGGCCCUGGAGACGCGGCCUCGGGACGGCCGCGCGUGGCCAUUCCGCGGCCCCGCGACGUGCGCAAGAUGGUGAAGACCACAUACGCGCCAAGCUUCCCGGCAGGAACCCCAGGCUCAGGGCUGCCUGCGCCUCCUGCGGACCCCCGCGGGGAGGAGGGCAGUGCGUCCAAGACGCAAGAGCUCCGGGAGCUGGGGUCCCCCGCCCCAGCACACUACACUUCCGUUUUGCUCAAGGACUUUCUGCCGGUCGUGUCGCACCCCUAUGAGCCCCCAGAGCUGUCCCCCGACACAGUCUCCCGGGACGCUUCGCAGCCCAACGGAGUUCUGCGGCGGAGAGCAGAGAACAGCACGGCGAAACCCUUCGCGCGCACUGAGAUCCGCCUACCUGGUGCCCUGGCCUUGGGCCGCCGGCCGGAGGGAACCCGGGGAGUCCUGGUCCGCGGUCCUGGUGGAGAGAACCGGGAGGCUGAGGCCCAGCGCCUCGUUCCGGACGGCGAGGGUCGGACCAGCCCUCUGGGCAGCGCUCGCCUCUCACCCCAGCAGUCGCCCAUAGGGCCAGCAGGGGCCCCACCUCCCCGACCACCCCGCCCCAGCUCCCCGCAGGCGCACCCUACCUCGAGCCCUGGGAUAGCACCCAAACUGGAGACAACCCCUUCGGCCCCCGAGCCCGCGACUGCGGUCCAGUCGCCCCUCCCGCGGGAGCCCCAGGCGUCGGCGGGCAGAACUGCCCCGCCCCAGGCCCGCGCUGCCUCCGCGCCUCCGAUGGACAGGUACUCGGAAGGCCCCUCCCACAGGGCGCGCAGGCUGCCUGGAGCCGCGCGCCCGGGGAAGGUCCUGGUGGACCCCGAGAGCGGCCGCUACUACUUUGUGGAGGCGCCGCGGCAGCCUCGACUGCGGCUGCUCUUUGACCCCGAAAGCGGGCAGUACGUGGAGGUCCUGCUGCCGCCCUCGCCCCAGGGGCCACCACGCAGAGUCUACACCCCGCUGGCCCUGGGCCCCAAUCUCUACCCGCCCGCCUAUGGGCCUAUCCCUGGCCUCUCACUGCCUCCAUCCCCGGGCCCGCCGGCCUUCAGCGGCCCCCAGCUACCCUGGGCCUCUGAGGCAAGCCCCCUGGAAGGGAUGUACUACCUGCCAGUGAGUGGGACCCCCAGCCCCGCGCCUCCUCUGCUCCUCUGUGCUCCACCCUCCAGCUUCGGUCCUGCUCAGCCCGGCAAGGGCUCCUUGUUCCCUGGGUGAGGCCCCAGGGCCUGACCCCCAUGGUGUUGGGGCCUGUUGACACCCUUGGAGUUUCUGGCAUCCUGUCCCCUGCCCUCCUCUCCUUCUAUCACCUCUUUCUUUUACCCAUCCCAUGCCAUCUUCAGCCCAGAAGUUACCUUCAGACAAUGUAUCUGAGACACCCGGGGCUGAUGGAGCUGGAGCUCAGGAAGUGGCUGCCUACUUCCUCUCCCAACAAAAUUGUGUACCCCUUUCCCAAGCAUUCCCAGAGUGCUGUGUUUGUGUGUGUGUGUAAAAGUGAGGAGUCCCAGGACAUGUCCCCAGGAGCCAACCUGAAGGGAUAUUGGGGUUCUGGAGGGGCAGCAGGAAAUGGGAGCAGCAAGGGACAGGACUGUCCCCAGAGGUAGUGAGCAGUCUGUCCCUCCCUGAAGGUGGGCCCAGCGAUGUGCAGGCUAGUGAGCACUGGUGAGAUGGAAGGAGAAGGACUCUGGCUAUCAAAUCUGUUAUUCUUUGGAAGAAGAUCUGAGCCUUGGCCUGGGAGGCUCUGGGGAAAGUAGCUAGUGUAGCCCCCAGGCCAGGCUAGGUCUGAGAAAGGGAUCUGUGGGGACAGCAGGUGGAGACGGAGCAGGAAAGUAAUAUGUGAGGGGCUAUGGAGGGUGGGCCUGGGAUCUGGAGUGGGGAUAAUGGGAGUUGGGGGUGGGGAGGGGGCUGUAGCCUCGAGCUGGGAGCCCCAUCUGUCAUUCUCUCCUCAACCUCAGCCUCUGACUUGGCUCCUCUAAGCCCUCAGAGCUGAGCUGGCUCAUCCUGAGGCCAGAAGUGAGGGCUUCAGCCAUUCUCACCCAGGGUAGGGGGCAGAUGAAGUGAAUCAUCAGGAAGGAUUCACAAGCAGGGAGGAUGGUUGAGCUGUUGCCCCAGAGGAGCCUCUUGACCCCUCUGCGUGGGGUGAGGGUGGGUUAGGGCUGGCAGUAGAAGGGAUGCCCUUUGUAGGGCAGGCCAGAGAGACCUGGAGCCUUUAGCUGCUUCUACUCCCCCAGUAACAGAUGUGGCAACCGUGCCCAGAGAGGGGCUGUCUCUUCAGGUUGGUCUCAGCAUACAAAGGGAUGGGACCCAGAGCCUGUGUUCCAAUUGCCUGGAGAUUCUAGGAGCCGCUGAGGAGAGCAGAGGGAGAUGCGUGGGGUGGGAGGUGCUCUGUGUGGGGGUCUGUGUGUAGUCCUGAGCUUGAAGCGGCUGGGACUUGCUGGACUGGUAUGUGAUGGGAUGAGUUUGGGGGAGAACAGUUCCCAUUAGAAGCAGUGUUAGGGAUGGAGAUCGAUGCCUUCCUUAAGUUCCAGGCCUCUGAAGGGCCUGGGUCCCUUGGAGUCCCUGCCCCCUUGCCUUGACUGGAAGUUGACUGGGAGAACUGUGAGUCAGAAUAACCCAGAUGUCUUGUUGUGGCCGGAGAUGCUGGUUCUGAUGGCUUGGAGGGCCCCGGGCCACUCCUGGGCCCCUUACCUCAUCCUGGUGUUCAAUAAAUCACUGACCCAAUGAGCCAUGAUGGCUGGAA